CUCCUGAACCAGCAACAACUGAACCACCAACUCCUGCACAGAGGAGUCAUACACAAAAUCCCGAACCAGCAACAAAUCAAACAAAAAAUCAAGGGAUACGAUGUGCAAAAUUGAACUGUUUUAAUGGCGGCUCUAGAGUGUGUACAAGUGAUAGUCAAGCUAUGUGCAUUUGUCCUCGUGGAAUCACAGGUCGACAAUGUCAACAUAAGGACACAUGGUGYGCUGAAAUUGAGUGCUUUAAUGGCGGCACUCGAGUGUGUACAAGUGGUGGGCAAGCUAUGUGCAUUUGUCCUCGUGGAUUUAAAGGUCRUCAGUGUUUAAGCAAAGAGACGAUUCCAGAGAAGAGAACCGCACAAGCGAUAGACGCACAAGAGCAGCAAAAAUAUAARACAGGCAAGACGCUCAAUUAUGUUUCCAUUGUGGUUAUUGUGGCACUAAUUGGAGUCAUCAUUGCUUUGGUACUUCGCAAUCAGCACUUGAAAAACCGCAUUAUAAAUUGUUACAGCAAAGUGAAAAGGUAUUUCAAUGGUACCCCAUCUGAUAUUGCUGUACAGAGCACUUCCGCUUAUCAGGCUUUUCAUUGCGAAAACCCAAUGAGUGACAUACCUAUCAGURCUCAUUCAUCGGAAUACCAAUCAGCUAACCACCUUCAGCGACAAAAUCCUUCCACUCAUCAUCAACAACAAGGAGUUACCUUUAAGGAGCUAACCCCUAAAGAUCUUCAGUCAGGAAAUUCAACUCACCAGUCACUUGGAAAUGAUGCAAGCGACCCGACAUACCAACAAGUGGUUUUCCAUGGGAAUCCAACUCAGACAGAGUCUCAGAUUUAAUCGUUUAGCUUCGUUUUAGGAAAACUAGUUAGUGCAUACAGCAGCGAUCACUUGCAAAAUAUCAUAUUGCAUGAUAGUAUUUUGUAACCAAUGCACGAGAAGAUAAACUAAACUAAACUUAAAAACAAAAUAAUUAGAUAAACCUAACAUUUUAUAAGCUURGAUUUUUGAUUACAAACCAGUUCACAUUUUUUCUCAUUUUUUUUUCAAUUUUGAAGCUGUGUGGAAUAAAUAGAUUUAAAUAAAYAAUAGUUGAAGAUCAAUAAAAUAGUCCAGAAUAUAUAUUAUGCAA